AUGAAUAUCGUGAAAAAUGGUCCACGAACAUCUCUUGAUAUCAUCGAAGCUUUGACAUGGUGGUACAAGUACUUUUUGCCACAUGAACUGAUAUCUGCAUUCUAUCUUAAUCGUUGUUGGUCAAUUUAUGAUCGUGAUCGUGAUAUUAAUAUAACUAAUUCAUUAAGAAAUCGCCUUGGAACAGAGCAUAGUAAUGCAAUAAUUCAAAGUGUUUUGGCCUUUUUCAAUUCUCGACCUGACAUUCAGCUUCUUCAAGACAAAUUGAUUGAUGAUUACUUAUUUUCAAACAGUACUUUUAUACAUCUAAUACCAUUCACCGAUAUCUGUCCUUUGUGUGAGAGAAAAUUAUCAGCAAAUGAUAGUCACAGUCGUCAAGUUAAAGUUAUAUGUGAACAAGGAAAGAUAUUGUUCGUGGCAGGUAAAUUUCCAUCUGCUGGAUGUUAUGAUGAUGGUUGUCAUUUGAUACAAUACUUACAUAAACAUAUUGGAAAAGAUCUAAAAGCAACUGAUGCAGCACUAACCCUAUCGAAUGUUAAAUUCAGUGUGGAUAGAACACAUUUUAAAAACCAUAUCGGAAAAUGGUGUCUCGCUAACAUGAAUCCAGCUGAUAAUAGACUACUUGAUGGAGUGAAUACAGAAGCUGCUGAACAAAAUUUCAGUUGGUUAAAGAAGUAUUCUUCCAUUAUCAGUGCUUUAGGAUGGCGCCGAGCACCAGUAUUUCUUCUAUUACUCUUUCACAUGAAAAAUCUAGCUCAUUGUCAUGUUCGACCUAAUCGAGUAUUUGAUAUAGUUAACCAAUGUCAUGUAGUUCAAGAUGCAAGUCUUCCACAUAGCGAAAGGAUUACACAAGUUCCUGAAACGAACUCAUCAUUAAAUUUAAAAUGUACAAGUCCUGCAAAAAGUGAAAAACAAACAGAUAGUGGAAAUAAAAACACAAACAACGUCUGUUUACUAGGACCCACAAAUACUGAUUGGACGUCACAGGUUGCAAUGAUCCGAAAAAACCAUAAUAUUGUUGAUAAACGUCGAGAUAAAAAACUUAAAAGACUUUAA